AUGGUACAUGGACGUCCUCGGCAUCCACAAACCCAAGGAAGCGUCGAACGUGCUAAUGGCGAUGUAGAAAAUAUGUUGCGAGCGUGGAUAAUAGACAAUAAAUCAAUAGAGUGGGCCCGAGGCUGCUACGAAGUCCAAUGGAUGAAGAAUGCAUCAAAACAUCGAACAAUCAACAGAGCUCCAUAUGAAGCUGUAUUUGGACCUGUGAAGAAUGGCUUAGCAAGUUUUAAUUUACCUCAGGACGUGGCAGAAAACUUAAACACAGAAGAGGAACUGGAAAUCGACCUUUUAAAUUUGACAAAACCCGAUAUUCAUCAAGAGGAUCAAGCUAUUUCAACUGUGCAGACUCAAGAUGAAAGUAAAACUCUGUCGAAAGGUCAAAGUCAGGAUGAAAUCGAUAAUAAUGAACUAUUGACAGAAACGCGACCACAAAAAUUUUGCAGCAUUUGUCACUCAUCAAUGGACAUAAUGGAUGCAGUAUCUUGUUCAGAUUGCCACUCUGAAAUACACUUUCAAUGUGGUGAUCAAGUAGAUGUAGGCAGUUUCAUUUGCAAUUUAUGUGCAAGAGGAAAACAUCUACUUGAGGUUCAAGACGACUGUAACAAGAGGCAAAAAGCAGCUGCUGAGAAAAUGGUUACUUUUUCUCAAGAGUUGUUUCCUCCAUUGUCCAUUGGUGACUGCGUGACUAUGUCAGUACCAAGUGUAGAUCGAGGUCCCUUAGAUUUCAAUAAAAUUUUCGGAGUUGUAACUGAUUUUAGAAAUGGAGUUUACCAAGUAGGGACAAAAAGCGGCAUUAUUAACGGUUGGUUUUGUAGGACGGAACUCCAAAAAUCGGCAGCAACUCCAUUUAAUAUUGAGAAUGUUCAAAAAGAUGUAUUUUUUACUCUUUGA